ACACCGCGGAGGAGUGGUGGGCAGGGGCCAAGGUUGGGGGCGGGACCAGGCGGGGCUGCAGCCUCCGCGGAAUCGGCUGGAGCAGGUGGAGCAGUGUCUGGAGCCCGCCUGGCCGAGCUGGGGGAGGCGGCGGCUGGGCUAGGGCCAUGGAGCUGCUGAAGCUGAACCGGAGCAUGCCAGGAUCCGGACCCGGGCCAGGAGCUUCCCUGUGCCGCCCAGCGCCUCCCCUCCUCAACAGCAGCGGUACCGGCAACCUCAGCUGCGAGCUGCCUCGCGGCCGUGGAAACGGGACACGAGAAUUGGAGCUUGCCAUUAGGGUCACCCUUUAUGCAGCGAUCUUCCUGAUGAGUGUUGGAGGAAAUGUGCUCAUCAUUGUGGUCCUGGGACUGAGCCGCCGCCUGAGGACCGUCACCAACACCUUCCUGCUCUCACUGGCGGUCAGCGAUCUCCUACUGGCAGUGGCCUGCAUGCCCUUCACCCUCCUGCCCAAUCUCAUGGGCACAUUCAUCUUUGGCACAGUCGUCUGCAAGGCGGUUGCCUACCUCAUGGGGGUGUCCGUGAGUGUGUCCACACUCAGCCUCGUGGCCAUCGCAUUGGAACGGUACAGCGCCAUCUGCCGACCACUGCAGGCGCGCGUGUGGCAGACGCGCUCCCACGCUGCUCGUGUGAUUGUAGCCACGUGGAUGCUGUCCGGACUGCUCAUGGUGCCCUACCCGGUGUACACCGUUGUGCAGCCCAUGGGGCCCCGGGCGCUGCAAUGCAUGCAUCGCUGGCCCAGUGCAAGGGUUCGCCAAACCUGGUCGGUGCUGCUGCUCCUGCUCUUGUUCUUCAUCCCGGGCGUGGUUAUGGCCGUGGCCUACGGGCUUAUUUCCCGCGAGCUCUACUUAGGGCUUCGUUUUGAUGGUGACAGUGACAGCGAGAGCCAGAGCCAAGUCCGAAGCCAAGGAGGGCUGCCUGGUGCGGCAGGACCUGGUGCUGCGCUACCGAACGGGCGUUGCCGGACUGAGACCCGGCUGGCUGGUGAGGACGGUGAUGGCUGUUACGUGCAGCUUCCACGCUCCCGGCCUGCACUGGAGCUGUCUGCGCUGACUGCACCCACUACCGGGCCAGGUUCCAGCCACCGGCCCACCCAAGCCAAGCUUUUGGCGAAGAAGCGUGUGGUGCGAAUGUUGCUGGUGAUCGUUGUGCUUUUUUUCAUGUGUUGGUUGCCAGUGUACAGCGCAAAUACCUGGCGGGCCUUCGACGACCCUGGAGCGCGCCGAGCACUUUCAGGUGCGCCCAUUUCUUUCAUCCAUUUGCUGAGCUAUGCCUCGGCUUGUGUCAACCCCCUGGUCUACUGCUUCAUGCACCGCCGCUUUCGCCAGGCCUGUCUCGACACAUGUGCCCGCUGCUGCCCUCGGCCUCCACGAGCUCGCCCCAGGCCUCUUCCAGAGGAGGACCCUCCCACCCCCUCCAUUGCUUCACUGUCCCGGCUGAGCUACACCACUGUCAGCACCCUGGGGCCUGGCUGAGGGGUAGAGGUCAAGCGGGGGGUUAAGGCAGGGCAGACCUACUUUUACAAUCACUGACCCACCCGGACACACAAGAGACACAGACCAACAUACCAAAUGACACAAAAGACAGACACCUAAUGUCAUGGCCUAAUCCCAGUGCACAGGGAAAAGUGGCUUAUCAACACAAAGUAAGCAAGCCGGACCCCCACACAGAAAAGGAGGCACGCUUGAUGACCCAGACACAGCAUCACGAGUUGUGGACUGUCCUUCCACUGUGGGACCCCUAUGACAAGGGAGACCUGCCUCUUACACACAUAUAGUAAUGACACAGAUUCACUUAGGGAUCUGGAGCCUGACACUGGGCUGAUUCCUGAGAUGCUCCAGGCUCUGCUGAGUUUGACCUCACAGUACCCUUCCCCCAGUCAGUCCUGGGAACACCAACCUAAUCUCACAGAUCCCUGACCAAUAGGCUGUUUUGAACUAAAAAGUCCUUUUAUUACUUUCCAGUUAAAUACUAUGUCCCUGCCCACUGCUCCCCACCUGAUGUCUUCAAGAAACAAUAAAUGACUUGACUUCCUCCUAAA